UCAGAUCUGCAGCUCAUCUCUCCGUCCUCCCCCUCCUCUGCAGCCCUCAGCUGAUAAAUAUUGCUUUGGUCAGCUGUGGUGCAAUCACAACUGCUCUGGACCUUCCGGAACCGACACCCCAAGCUGCACUCCGUGUCUGCUUCCACCGAGAUGGCCCUCGAGGUAGAGUUUAAGAAGGUAGCGGACGAUGUGAAGAAGGUGAAAACGCAGCCUACAAAUGAGGAGCUGCUGACUCUGUACGGUCUCUAUAAACAGGUCCUAGUCGGAGACGUUAACACUGAAAGACCAACGGUAGACCCAACAGGAAAAGCCAAGUGGGAUGCCUGGCAAUCCAGAAAAGGAAUGUCCAAGGAUGAUGCCAUGGCAACGUACAUCACAGAAGCUAAUGGAAUUAUCAGCAAAUAUGGGAUGUGAGGUUUUUACGGAACAAAGAGGCUGGAGGUGAAGCUGCUGUUUGUCUUGUGUUCCAGGAGGCCUGCAUAGGUUUUAUAACAUUAGUGGUUUGUUUAUGAAUUAGGCUCAAAUGUGCAUGACUGAAGGUCAGCAGUACAUAACCGCAAUAAAAAGUUGAUCUUGAAAUCAAAAGAGAAAACAAGUGUGCUCAAAAAUAAACUUCUUUGAUCUUU